AGUGGUGGACCAUGGGAAAAGCCUCCAUUUCAUUGCGAAGCCACAUGCAUCGUGAGAAAAAAGCUUAGCAUGUAAAGUUCUGGUGAAAUGGGAUCAAAUACUGUACGGAAGUCGAGGAGACCAAGACUUUUCACGAGUCAUCAUCAGUUUCAUUUCUCUCCCCCACUUUUCACACCGCCCGCGGUCGCUCGCCGAUCCUCUCUUUUAAAUGCUCGUCUCGGACGGGAUUGAUUCACAGGUGUUAAAAAGCUGCUCGUUUCUUCGUACUUGCUCUCUCAAUCACUCGUUGCUUGAAAUUCUCGGACACAUUCGUCCUCUUCGACGGGAAAGUAAGAGGGUGUGGGACUGGCCAUGGACUCUAGAAAAGGUGCGAAGGCUGGUUCGAAAGGUGGAGACCAUCCCGGGGUCAUUUCAAUCAGUUGAGCAAUACCUUGCUUCUUAUACCUUUCCUUUGCUUGAGGAAACACGAGCCAGUCUCUGUUCAAGUAUGCAGGAUGUAUCUAAGCUGCCUUUCACGAAAGUCACUGGGUUUGUUAAAGGCAAGAAGAAUGCUUACCAUGUGGAAGUGGAUUCCUGGAAAAACAGGUCCACUGACCGUGGCAAGGAACCUUACAAAACUUUGCCUGGGGAUGUUUUGAUGUUAACUAAUGCUAAACCGGAUACCAUUCCCAGCUUAGAAAGGUUUGCAGGAAGAUGGGCAUUUGCAUCGGUCGCUGAAAUUGCAGGAGAUGCUGACGGAAAUGCUCAAACAUCAACAAAGUUCAGAGUCAAUGCAUUUUUGGACAAUGAAGUGAAUGAUCAUCGUACCUGGGAGUCAAUGUAUGCAGUUUUUUUGAUAAAUGCAGUCACGAACAAUAGGAUAUGGAAUGUGCUAUACAGAUUUGGGAACUCGAAAGUUGUAAGGGAAGUUCUCUGUACGGAUUUGGCGGCUGAGAAAGAUUGCAAUCUCUGCAUUACUCAAAGUCAUGACUCUGGGCAUGAGAGUCUCGAUAAGAACUUGUUUGGUAGUCUGAAUGAAUCCCAGGCAAAAGCUGUUCUAUCUUGUCUUGAUACAAUCAAGUGUCAGCACAGGUUGGCCAUGGAAAUGAUACAGGGUCCUCCAGGGACAGGGAAGACCAAAACUGUCGCGGCACUGCUCUUUACUCUCUUGAAAAGGAAACACAGAACCCUUGUUUGUGCUCCAACAAAUGUUGCCAUCAAGGAAUUGGCAUCUCGUGUUUUGCAGCUGGUGAAACAAUCGGUUUCCACAAACUCUCACGGGGAACGCUUGCCCUAUAACGUAGGAGACAUGCUAUGUUUUGGGAACAAGGAUCGGAUGAAAGUAAAUUCAGAUAUGGAGGAAAUAUUCUUGGAUCAUCGCGUUGAUUGUGUUGUGCAGUGCUUUUCUGCACUCACUGGUCGGCAGCAUUGUCUACCUUCCAUGAUUGAUACUCUCAAUGACUGUGUCCGCCAAUACCACAUUUUUCUGGAGAAUGAACGCCAGAUUAUAUCAAAGCCUGAUGGUAAUGAUGUUGCAAGCAAACGUAGGAGCGGCAAAAAGGAAUCCAAACCUAAAUUUAAAUCAUUUCUGGAAUUUUUCAAGCACAGAUUCAAGUCAAGCGCAGAUUCUCUUCGAAGAUGCCUCUCUAUCAUAUGCACCCAUAUAUCCAAAAGUUACCUUUUGGAUCAUAAUUUCCGUUAUAUUAAUUCCCUUCUCAUCUUACUCGAUUCUUUUGAAGUUUCACUAUGUAGAGAGAAGUUGGAUUCUAGAAAGUUGGAGGAAGCAUUUUCAAUGGACCCAUCUUCAUUAAAAACUCUCACAGAUCCACUAUAUACAGCAUUAUUGAUGAAGAGACGUGAAUGCCUCUCUGUUUUGCGGACUCUUGACAAAUCUCUUAGAAAGCUAAACCUUGCAAAAUUUACGUGUAAGAGCAAGAUAGCUGAGAUCUGUUAUCAAGCGGCUUCCUUGAUUUUCUGCACUGCCUCCAGCUCAUAUAAGCUCUACUCCAUGGGAAUGAAGCCUGUCAGUUUAUUGGUGAUUGAUGAGGCUGCGCAGUUGAAAGAAUGCGAAUCAAUGAUUCCACUACAACUUCGCGGUGUCAGGCAUGCAAUUUUAGUUGGAGAUGAAUGUCAGUUGCCUGCAAUGGUUGAGAGCAAGCUUUCUAGCAAGGCUGGCUUUGGAAGGAGUCUAUUUGAAAGGUUGGUUUCUCUGGGUCGUCCGAGGCACCUUCUCGAUAUCCAGUACAGAAUGCAUCCUGCGAUAAGUCGAUUUCCAACAUCAACCUUUUACAAAAAUCAAAUUCGAAAUGGGCCGAAUGUUACCAGCGAAAGCUACGAAAAAUGUUAUUUGCCGUCGCCGAUGUUUGGCCCCUACUCCUUCAUAAAUAUUUCUAAUGGAAGCGAAGAAGGUGGGGAUGAUGGACAUAGCCUUAGAAACCAUGUUGAGGUAGGAGUCGUCUCGAUGAUUUUGAGGAAUCUAUACGGAGCAUGCAAAUCUUCAGGCGAAGAUCUAAGUGUUGGCGUGAUAUCUCCAUAUAGUGCUCAGGUUGCUGCAAUACAAAAGAAUAUUGGCAAAAGAUAUGAAAAUAUCAAAGGCUUUACAGCGAAAGUGAGGUCAGUGGAUGGGUUCCAAGGGGGUGAAGAAGACAUCAUAAUAGUAUCCACCGUGAGGUCAAACCCUCGUGGUUUUAUUGGGUUCGUUUCUGAUACUAAGAGAACCAAUGUCACUAUCACCAGGGCAAGAUACUCUCUUUGGAUUUUGGGAAACGAGAGAACGCUGACGAGAAGUAAAUCUGUAUGGGGAGCAUUGGUUCAUGAUGCUAAGAGCCGUGGAUGUUUCUUCAGCAUAGAUGAUGUUAAAGCCGCUUUGGAUGGGAAGAAUAAUCAGCUUGAUGAUCCGGUCAACCAAAGUAGUGUACUAUCUAGAAAUACGCGGCGGAGGGCCAAGUGCUCUAGUGAUGGUAAGAGCCGACAAUGUUCCUCCAGUACUGAUGAAGUUAAAGCCAUUUUGGAUGGGAAGAAUAAUCAGCUUGAUGAUCCGGUCGCUGGAAGUAGUGUACUAUCUAGAAAUGCACGGCGGAGGGCAAAGCGCUUUAGUGAUGCUAAGAGCCGAGAAUGUUCAUCCAGUACCGUUGAAGUUAAAGCCAUUUUGGAUGGGAAGAAUAAUCAGCUUGAUGAUCCGGUCGAUGGAAGUAGUCUACUAUCUAGAAAUGCGUGGGCGAGGGCCGAGUGCUUUAGUGAUGCUAAGAGCCAACAAUGUUGCUCCAGUACGGAUGAAGUUAAAGCCAUUUUGGAUGGGAAGAAUAAUCAGCUUGAUGAUCCGGUCGAUGGAAGUUGUCUACUAUCUAGAAAUGCGUGGGCGAGGGCCAGGUGCAUUAGUGAUGCUAAGAGCCAACAAUGUUCCUCCAGUACUGACGGAGUUCAAGCCAUUUUGGAUGGGAAGAAAGAGAAUAUUCGGCUCGAUGAUCCGCUUGGUGGAAAUAGUGACCUGUUUAGAAAUGCUCGGUGGAGGGUUUUCUUCGGGGACAACUUUGUGAAGUCUUUCAGAAAGCUGACGUCACAUAGGACCAAGAUGUCAAUCAUGAACCUCAUAUCAAAACUUGCCAGUGGCUGGAGACCUAAGAAGAGCGAUGUGGGUUUACUCCCUAAAAGCUCUUCUCCUAUGGUGAAGCAAUUCGAGGUUGAAGGUCUCUACGUGCUGUGCACUGUCGAUAUACUUAAGGAACUUAGAUACAUUCAAAUCUUGAAGAUUUGGGAUGUAUUGCCCUUAAGGGAUGCGAUGAUUGUGGUGGAACAUCUCGACAGUGAGUUCAAAGAAUAUGCGGACGAUUUCAUUAGUCGCUGCAACGAGAAAUGUCUUGAGGGGGAUCAGGAAGUUCCAAAGACAUGGGAUUGUCCUCAUGGCAUUGCUUGUUUCCGUAGUCCGGAUCAUGUUCAAGCUGGAAGCAGUUUCGGCGCCAUUACUUCAAAUCUGGGAGGGAGAGAGAGCCUGCUUUCAAUGAGAUUCCACCCCUCAUCAUCAGGUGUAGUCAGUAACUUGUUGUCGGAGGACCACGAUAACGAAUUGAAUCUCCCAUCUGAAGUAACCGAACUAGAUCAAGAGAAGAAUUUCCUGCGCUUGUUAUCGGAGGACCACGAUAGCGAAUUGAAUCAUGCAUCUGAAGUAACCGAGCCAGAUCAAGAGAAGAAUUCCGUGAAAUCUCUCUUCGGUGGGCUUCUGAGUUCCCUCUUCAGAGGGUUUCGUAUUUGAGUCACACAUGCUGUUCCUUCUUCACAGGGAGCUUUUGACAGAAUCAGAGGGGGAGGAGUUGAUUGAUGCUUGUAUCAGGAAGGAAAA